CCCGUGCCCACCUGCUUCCAUAAAAGUGCCAAGUGAAAAAGAUAAACCCAAUCGCCAGUUCACCUCACUGAGCUCAAGUCUCUUCCAAACGACUCCGUCUGCAACUUCUCCCACCUCCAAUGGACGACUACAACAGGUUUCACAUCCCGGCGUUCGGGAGCUGGGACUGCUACGACGGCCUCCCCUUCACCCAGUGCUUCGACGAGGCGUCGGCCAGGCAACCCGGGCUGCUCCGCUGCACCUACUCCGUCGAUCGCGACCUCUACGUCGCGGGCGACCUCUACCAGAACGACGUCGUCACUCCGGCCAUGAUCGUCGUCCCUCGUCGCCGUCGUCGCCGGGCAAAAGUCGGUGACCCGAACCAUGAUGCCAAAGGAGGGAAAGAGAAAAGUUGGGCCAGUGACUUUAAGGAGCCUACGAGCCCUCCUUUCGUGACAACAAGGCCUACCCCAAAACCUGUUGAUGAAGACCUCUACAAAAUCCCACCUGAGCUCCUUCAUGCCGAGCCCAAGAAGAAGAGAGGGUGGAGCUUCUGGUCAUGCUGCUUGGUGCCCACUUGUUCUUCGUGAAGCUGGGAAAGAGAGAAGGGUCGUAUAGGACCAAGUACAUAGAUCUUACAUAUGAUGAUGAGAUGAGCUAAGAGUACAUAGGGAAAGAUGUUUGUGUUGUGCUGUAUUUGAAUUCCCAAUUUGUGAGCAUUGGGAUGAGAAAGAUGUUCGGUUGGGGAAGAUGAUGAUGUUAUGGUGGGUUUGUCAUCUAAUUGCCAUGUGAGAGAGGAUGAUUGAUUUUGUCAA